AUGAUAACGUAUGUUACUGCUCAACAAAGUUGUCAAUUGACUGAUGCGGAUAUUCUUGGACCCUACUAUCAUCCUGGUGCACCUACAUCUACAGGGCAAAUUUGCGCCAAUUUACCGGCACAUGAUCGAUUAAUUUUAACUGGACAAGUACUCGAUUAUGAAUCGAAAUGUCAACGUGGUAUUCCCAAUGUGAAAUUGGAUUUAUGGCAGGCUAAUUACAAUGGUGUGUAUUCUGGUGGUCAGAGUGCUAAUGAUUGGUGGUGUCGAGGUGUCAUUACAACGGAUUCUAAUGGCAAAUUUCGUAUUACUACUCUGUUCCCUGGUCGUUACGAUGACGGUGGUUAUCGUCCGGCUCACAUUCAUUUCAAAGUUACUGCUCAAGGUUAUCCAACAUUCGUAACCCAAUUGUAUUUCAAUCUUGAUUAUUAUCUCUCACCACGUGAUUCAUGCAAACGCUGUCGUAGCGAUGCCAAAACGUUGGUUGUGUCAGCCGCACAUCGUGAUGAUAUCAAAACAUUCGAAGGUCUCACAACAAGUACCAAUAUAAUAAAAGAUCACCAAUUGACCGCCGAUACACUUGCUGAUUUCUAUGAAAAAUAUUGUGAAACACCAACUUUCGAUCCAAAUAAUACAGCUCAUUUAGAUGCAUUAAAAAUAUAUGAUGAUUUUUCGAAACUACCACAUUUUCCGUUAGAAAAAACUUCAUUAGAAGAAGUAGAAAAAAAUUGGAAACGUGCCCAGAAAAAGAAAUUAACAGACACAGAAGGUUCGUCAGCAUUUGUAUUACACCAACUACCAACCGAGUAUUUAAUUGAAUAA